UUUCGCUUGUCUGUUGUGUAUGUUUUCAAACCAGGAAUUCGGUUCUGGCAUGUUUUCAUUGUCAGACUGGUACCAAAAGUAUUAUAUCAGUGCAGUAUCUAGCUUUAAUCAAUCGUGUUGCAUCAGCGGCUAAAUGUGAUCGCGAUAUUAUAUUUUGUAAUGGAAACGGCGUUUUUUGUAGCAAAUACAUUCUCUGUACCUGACAGCUACAUAAAAAAAACUACUGUAAGUGAUCGUGUACUUGUGGCAGUACACCAUUCAUGGCUACACUCUCUGAUAAGGACGCACCAACUUCCGGAAUUUAUUGUGCAUGAUGUUCUACUGCCUGAAGAAGUUAAGAUUCUCUUGGAGCAAGGAGAAGAUCUUGGUCCGCACUGGAAGAAAAUAUAUGUUAGAAUUUUGCACAAACAAACACAAAAGGUGAUACCUCUUCCUCGAGUAAGGGUAGAGAGCUCAAGUUCGGAAACUGCUUUAUCAUUUUCUCAGCUCUUACACUAUGUUGCACAGACAAAUUUCAAGAAUCUGUGGAAAGAUGCCUUCAAAAAGUAUUUUAAUGUAUGUGGAGCAGUAUCAAAUGAUGGUAAAAAUGCAUCUAGAAUCACACUUACGGACAGUGAUGCAGUCAUGCGUGAAGUGAUAUUACGAACAUUUGGUUGCCCAAUUUUUCGCCUUGAUGAAGGUUUUAUUGAUCUGUAUAAUGAAGAUGGAAAGAAAUCAUUUGAAGUUCACUGCAAUAUCUUGCCAGCACUAUGUGCCGUGGAGACACCACAAUGCUUUCUACUGAUCCAGGAACCAUACAUAAAGCACACACUACAAGACUGUGUUACAUUCAGUCCAGCAUUGCUUGGAACAUCUCACAUCAAGCCUCUUUUUAUAAUCUACCAACUAUUGCAAGCAAUGCGAUCAAUGCAUGAUCGUGGCCUUGUGCUUGGAGAAAUUGCACUAAGUGAUAUCCUUAUAACUGAGAAUCUUUGGAUACAGGUUUGA